AUGGCGUCCAGAAGUGCAAAUGAUAGCAUCCUGCAUAGUCCUGCCGCAACGCCCCCGCCAGGAGUACAACCCAACUUGGACAAUCCGCCCAACCAUGGGACUAUUACUCGCGCUAUCAUCGUCACAUUAUGGAUUGUCUGUUCGUCGUUGGUUCUAGCUCGCAUGUAUAUCAAGAAACCGUUGAUUCGGAAGGUCAGUCUGUCGGAUUAUGCGAUCAUUCUCGCAUGGGACUUUUCCGUAUUGCUCUACUACAUCCACAUCGCGGCGAUUACCUACGGCUGGUGCAUGAUGUUCAUCAAAAGCUCCAUUCUUCUCCAGAUCAUCGAAGUGUUUGUCCCGAUCCGUCAGCCUAACUGGUUUUACGGCAUCUGUCUGGCUCUGAUUGUCGCGAAUAUGAUCUUCUACAUCACCGGUUUCUUCCUAGAGUUGUACUCCUGUCAACCCAGAGAACGAAUCUGGACGCUGUGGAUGGAAGAAGGCUCUUGCUUGGACAUGAUUCGGCUGGAUCUGAUCACUGCGUCUGUUAACUCGGCGUCGGAUUUCAUCAUGCUGAUCUUGCCGCAGCUGCGUAUCUGGAGACUUCAUAUGUCGUGGCUGGAGAAGGUGAAUGUUUCGGCGGUGUUUUUUGUUGGGAUCUUGGCCUGUACAGCAUCCAUCCUCCGUCUCUUCUACGGCAUCCAAUACGCCGACAGCAAUAAUGUCUCCUAUUAUUGGUUCACCUCUGGGCUAUGUUCCAUGAUCGAGUUGGCUGCUGGCAUCAUCGUCGCGCGUCUGCCAUCCAUGCCAAGACUUUUUCAGAAAAAGGGUCUGAGUCAAGGCUUAUCGCGCAUCAGGCUCUUGCUGCAUGGUGUCUUUUUGUUUUUCUCUAAGCUGGACAUGCGCCCGCGCUUUCAUUCUAUAUUUUCUUCGCCAGGGAGAUUAAUGCGAAAACGAAAGGUCCGGACAGAGAGUGUGAAGAGUCAGGCAAGCCAGACGUGCCAGAGGAUUGCUGAGUCGGAUCAGGAGCUCCCGCCAGUGUCUGUAUCGAGGGAAGAGAGGUGA